GAUAUAAAACGCUUCGUUCAACGUCUUUCUGCUUCUUCUCUCCUUCUCACUGUGUGUCUCUCUCGGUCUUUUCUCUACAAUAACAAACAACAAAAACCUCCACAGACACACAGAGCUCCCUCCAAAGAAUCUAAAUUUCCUUUAUCUGGCGCGUGUUCUUCACUCUUCACUUUCAUUCCACCGCUCGAUCUCAUUUUACGCUUGCCUUCCAAUUCACAGAGCUCGAGAGUGAAAGACUGAAGACACGCUACAAACUCAUCGUUUUGUGUUCAAACCAACUCCAUUGCAGAGAGGAGUGCAUCUAUGGAAUUUGGCAGUUCUUGGUUUCUUCAAAAGUGUAGAAGAGUAUUUCCAGUUUGUUGGGACCGUCCAUCUGGUUCAUUUAUUUGACUUAUUGAAAAGAAUACAGAAAAAUAUGGCUCUUCGGAAGUACAUUCCAGCUGGGGAUGCACCUUCUGUUUCUAUGAAACCUUUGAAUCUUUCAAGUAAGGUGCAUGGGAAUGCUCAGCUUGCAGAUCCUGAAGCAAGUCAUACUGUGGAGCCUGAUGUUGACAUUGACCUUAGAGAAGUUUAUUUUUUGAUUAUGCAUUUCCUUUCGGCUGGGCCAUGUCAGAGAACUUAUGGACAGUUUUGGAAUGAACUUCUUGAACAUCAACUUCUUCCUAGAAGGUAUCAUGCUUGGUAUUCAAGGAAUGGGGUACACAGUGGGGAUGAAAAUGAUGAUGGCCUGUCAUUCCCAUUAAGUUACAAUAAGUUGGUGGAGAGGUAUCCUCACAUUGAAAAGGACCACUUGGUAAAGCUUUUGAAGCAGUUGAUAAUAAGUACACCCUCUUCAUCACGAAGCAUGAUGGGUGAAAAUGCACCAAAUGCAGCUGAUGUUCCGACUCUUCUGGGAACAGGAACAUUUUCACUUUUGAGCUAUGAUAGGGAUAAAGGACAAUUUGAAGUUAAGCAUCCCUCUGCUCAUAUGCGUUGGCCUCAUAAGCACGCUGAUCAGGUUCGAGGGCUAAGUUUGAGAGAAAUUGGGGGUGGUUUCACACGACAUCAUCGUGCUCCAUCUAUUCGUGCAGCAUGUUAUGCCAUUGUGAAACCAUUAACCAUGGUGCAGAAGAUGCAAAAUAUAAAGAGGGUACGAGGACAUCGGAAUGCUGUCUAUUGUGCAACAUUUGAUCGCUCAGGGAGAUAUGUAAUUACUGGUUCUGAUGAUCGCCUUGUAAAAAUCUGGUCCAUGGAGACUGCAUAUUGCCUGGCUAGCUGCCGUGGACAUGAAGGUGAUAUCACAGAUUUGGCCGUGAGUUCCAACAAUGCGUUGGUGGCAUCCUCUUCAAAUGAUUGUAUUAUUCGUGUUUGGCGUUUGCCAGAUGGGCUUCCAAUUUCAGUAUUGCGAGGACAUACUGGGGUUGUUACUGCCAUUGCAUUUAGUCCUAGGCCAGGCUCUGUAUACCAGCUGUUAUCUUCAUCUGACGAUGGAACAUGUAGGAUAUGGGAUGCUAGAUAUUCUCAAUUCAGUCCACGGAUAUAUGUACCAAGACCAUCAGAUUCUAUGGCUGGGAAGAACACUGGUCCAUCCACCAGUGCUGGUCCACGGAGCCAUCAAAUUUUUUGUUGUGCGUUUAAUGCUAAUGGGACUGUCUUCGUUACUGGUAGCUCAGACACUCUUGCUAGGGUCUGGAAUGCUUGUAAACCUAACAUGGAUGAUUCAGACCAACCAAAUCAUGAGAUAGAUGUGUUAUCUGGCCACGAGAAUGAUGUCAAUUAUGUGCAGUUCAGUGGUUGUGCUGUGGCAUCAAGAUUUUCUCUAGCCGACAAUUCAAAGGAAGAGAAUACACCAAAAUUUAAAAAUUCCUGGUUUUCUCAUGACAAUAUAGUUACCUGUUCUCGUGACGGCAGUGCAAUUAUUUGGAUCCCUAGAUCACGCAGAUCCCAUCCAAAAGCUGCCCGUUGGACACAAGCUUAUCAUCUCAAAGUUCCACCUCCUCCUAUGCCUCCUCAACCUCCACGAGGGGGCCCACGUCAAAGAAUUCUUCCAACUCCUCGAGGUGUUAAUAUGAUUGUGUGGAGCCUAGACAAUCGCUUUGUUCUUGCUGCUAUCAUGGAUUGCAGAAUAUGUGUUUGGAAUGCUGCUGAUGGUAGCUUAGUACAUUCUUUGACUGGUCAUACUGAAUCCACUUAUGUUUUGGAUGUUCAUCCUUUCAACCCGCGCAUAGCUAUGAGUGCUGGUUAUGAUGGCAAAACUAUAGUGUGGGAUAUUUGGGAAGGUACCCCUAUCAGGAUCUAUGAAAUUUCACGUUUCAAGUUGGUUGAUGGGAAGUUUUCACCGGAUGGAACCUCUAUUAUACUCUCAGAUGAUGUUGGUCAAUUAUAUAUAUUAAACACAGGGCAAGGGGAAUCCCAACAGGAUGCCAAAUAUGAUCAGUUUUUCCUUGGUGAUUAUCGCCCCCUUAUUCAAGAUACCUAUGGAAAUGUACUGGACCAGGAAACUCAACUCGCGCCUUACCGGCGGAAUAUGCAAGAUCCCCUUUGUGAUUCAGGCAUGAUUCCAUACCCAGAACCCUAUCAAACUAUGUACCAGCAAAGACGGUUGGGAGCUCUGGGUAUUGAGUGGCGCCCUUCUUCUCUAAAACUUACUGUUGGGCCAAACUUCAGUCUAGAUCAGGAUUACCAAUUGCAGCCAUUGGCAGACUUGGACAUAAUCAUUGACCCGCUGCCAGAAUUUGUUGAUGUAAUGGAUUGGGAACCAGAAAAUGAAGUUCAAAGUGAUGAUACUGAUUCAGAGUACAAUGUUCCUGAAGAGUAUUCUUCCGGAGAGGAGCGAGGAAAUUUAAGUUCUACUUCCUCUGAUGAUCCAGAGUGCAGUGCUGAAGACAGUGAGAAUGAGGACAAUCAGAAGGAUGGCCUUCGAAGAUCGAAGAGGAAAAAACAAAAGGCUGAAGUUGAGAUUAUGACAUCUUCUGGGAGACGUGUUAAAAAGAGAAAUUUGGAUGAGUGCGAGGGUAAUUCAUCAAGACAUAUCCGAACUAGGAAGUCAGGAAAUAGCCAAAAAACUUCAAGGAGGAAGUCUUCUAAAUCAAAGUCAUUGCGACCUCAGAGAGCUGCAGCACGCAAUGCUCGUACAUUAUUUUCCAAAAUUACAGGGGCAUCUACAGAUGGAGAAGAUGAGGAUGGCUCAGAAGGUGAAAUAUCAGAGAGUGAAGGCACACUGCAAGACUCAAACGUGGAGAGUGAGGAAUCUAGUAGAUCUUUGGUAAAUGAGCAAAUGAAGCAUUCAAAAGGGAAAGAAAUUUCCUUAGAUGAAUCUGAGGAUGCAGCUAAACUUGAAUUCCCUGAAUCUCAUGUGAAGGCUGGAACCAGGAGGAAAUUGGUCCUAAAAUUACCAGUUCGUGAUUCUAAUAAGCCCAAGCUUGAGAGUGCAUUUGAUAAAUCUGACAGGCAUGACGAUGUGGCUGGUACAUCAUCUGUGGUUCCUGAAGAAGCAGCUCUUGACAAUGGAAAUCACGUAAGCCCUCUUGACCAAGGUUGCUGUUCAGGUGAUGCAAACUGCAGCUUGAUGGAAAGAGGGAGAGAGCAAUUAGAAAAGGUUGAACUUCAUUUAAACCUCUCAGAUGGAUACAAAAAUGGGGAAAUAAAAUGGGGAGGGGUCAGGGCUCGCACUUCCAAACGUUUGAGAUUAGGAGAAUCGAUGUUAUUGGAUGCAAAUACUGGCUCUGAUGUGCAUCUUGACAAUCAUAAAGCAAAAGAAAACGAAGUUAUUGGACUUGUAAAACCUGAAGAAAAUGGCAUUGAUACAUCCUCCCGUAUAGAAACUACAAAUUGUGGGGAUAAGAUAGAUGAAGUAGAGAUAACGAAUGUGGAAAGUCAUGGAUUUAAGAACUGUGAGAUAUUGGGUGGUGAAGCCAAUGGCAAGGAGCACUCAGGAUUCAGUGAGUUCAGAGAUUAUGAUGAAUCAUCAAAUUGGGUUAACAUGACUAAUGGGGAUGCAGCUGCCAAUCCUGUUGCCCAUCAGAAUGACUCUAAUAACCAUCCCGAACUAGAAGAGAGCCAUUUACCUAUUUCAACUAAGUUGAGAAUAAAGUCGAAAAUGAUUUCAAGGGAUGCUGAAGGUCCUGACCCUUCCAUUGAAUGUGGAUCUGAUGCAUUGCAUGAUAGCUCUUUGGACAUGAAAUGGAAUUCAGUUUCAGAAGUGUUGGAGUAUGAUGGAGCAAAUAGAAUUAGUACAAACCAGGGAGCUGAUGGAUUGCAGCAAUUAGAUACACAGAUUGACUCCGUAUCUAGAGUCCACGAUUCUUCGGGAUUGCAUUCACAUUCAAAAAAGAUGUUUAAUGUUGUGUAUAAAAGAUUGAAGACGUGUAGGGAUAGAACUAACUCAGAAGGUGAGAGUGGUGGCAUGGGAGAAAGUACUUCAAAUGCUAACAACACUAAUCUCCAUGAGGGCACAAGUGAUAGGUCUUGUAGAACAAGGUCCAUGGGACUGAAGACCUCAACACAUGAUCCAAACAUGAGCAAUAAUCUCAGGUUGGGACAACAACAUGAAUCUCAGGAUAUUUAUACAAGUGCACAUAAUAAGUCUGUGAACAGAUAUCAACUUCCAUGUGAAGAAUGGGGAUCAGGUUCAAGGAUGACAGUUGGAUUAAGGUCUAUAAGAAAUAGGAGAAGCAAUUAUCAUUUCUGUGACUCAAGUCCUGUAGAUAAGCGGAAGGCACAUCAUUCAUCAAGAAAACGUUCAUGGUUAAUGUUGUCAACAUAUGAGGAGGGCUCCCGUUAUAUUCCCCAGCUAGGGGAUCAAAUUGUAUAUCUUAGACAGGGGCAUCAAGAGUAUAUAUAUUAUAGAAACUCAAAAGAAGUGGGUCCUUGGGCAACAGUAAAGGGAAACAUAAGAGCUGUUGAAUUUUGUAAAGUUGAAGGUCUUGAUUAUGCCACCACUUCAGGUUCUGGUGAUAGUUGUUGUAAAAUGGCUCUCAAAUUUAUAGACCCUGCUUCCAGUGUCUUUAAUAAAGUGUUCAAGCUGACUUUGCCUGAAGUGACUGGUUUCCCAGACUUUCUUGUUGAAAGAACUCGGUUCGAUGCUGCUACUCAUAGAAAUUGGACAUGCAGGGAUAAGUGCAAAGUGUGGUGGAAAAAUGAGGGUGAAGAAGAUGGUAGUUGGUGGGAUGGCCGUAUCCUGUCUGUGAAGCCCAAAUCUUCAGAAUUUCCGGACAGUCCAUGGGAGAGGUAUACUGUACAGUACAAGACUGAGCCCACUGAAACACAUUUACACAGCCCUUGGGAGCUUUUUGAUGCUGAUACUCAGUGGAAGCAACCUCAUAUUGAUGAUGAUAGCAGAAAUAAACUGCUGUCUGCCUUUGCCAAAUUGGAGCAGUCUGCCCACAAAGUUCAGGAUCAAUAUGGGGUUCAAAAAUUGAAGCAAGUUUCACAGAAGUCUAACUUUACAAACAGGUUUCCAGUUCCAUUAUCACUUGAAGUGAUCCAGUCUAGGUUAGAGCACAACUACUACAGAAGUUUGGAGGCAGUGAAGCAUGACAUUGCCAUUAUGCUGUCCAACGCAGAAUCUUACUUUGGGAAGAAUUCAGACCUUUCAACAAAAAUAAAAUGCCUUUCAGACUGGUUCGAACGGAUAUUGUUAUCUCUAGAGUCCUCAUCCUCGGGGCCGCCUGAAACCAGGCAGUGAUCAGAUUGAAGAAGGCAAGCCGUAUAGGCUUUUACCCAUUUCUUUUGUAGAUAUUUACAAUUCUUUUGCCUUUAUUUUACUUCAAAUGUUUUUAGUUUUCUUUGCUCAUUGUUCAUUUAGAUCCAAUUUUGGGGGUUGGGUAGGGACGCGGUGGAUUCCUUUUAGCGGGUGAGAGAGAUCGCAGUAGGUAAUAGCUGGUGGCUGUGGAAAAAUUUUCCACCGGAAGAUUCAUUCUUGUACAGAACAGAUAGACAUCACAUCAUAAUCAUCAUGUCAUUAAUAAUGACAAGGGGAAAGGGAAAGGAGAAAUGUUAAUAUCUAGUCAUGUGUCAGUUGUUUUACUGUACACAUCAAAGUUUUUAAAAAUUCUCCAGUUUCAAAAACAAGUGCAAAU